CACUAGAUCCUUGACACUUUCUCACAUCGUUGCCAUGCCUUUAAGUGACCCUUAUGUCGUCUGGAAGGCCAGACCCGUCAAAUGGAACACGAGUGAAGCUCGAGGCGGGGACCUUACGAGUCCCCAUGGCACACUCAGCUUCGCAGAUGACAAUGGUCGCCACAAAAUUGAGAUCAACGUUCGAUCUAGAGACAUUAUCGACCACCGCCUUAUCUUCUGGACUGGCGAGCUGACAAACGAGACGCAAUUCGGACACCGUAUUAUUCAGGCCCUCGAGAAUAUUGGCGGGUUCGGCUACUACCAGAACCCCCCACGCCUCGACUUUUUCCGUGAUGGCUUCCUGAAUAUUCGUGCUGGUACUAUCCGCGAUACAAACGUAGAAGGGCCAAACAAUGAUAUUACUGAUGACCUGGAUGCCUUCUUUCAAGCCAACUCGGCCGACUUCAAGAGGUCGACGCUGUUCGUCUGGGGAGAGCUCACCGGCGACGGAUCCAUUCACCAAGUACACAUGAACCAGGGGAACUACUCCCAAAACCACGAAUGGCACAGUGAGAAUGGACGCGGCCAGGAUGGUGGUAUCGUCAUGCAGUCACCUGAUGGCAUGUGGAAGUACUUUUUUAUCGCAUUUGCCGGGCAGGCGUCUGAAACAGACAACAAUGGAAAUCCGGCAAGUGGCGACGCAACGGUCAUGCUCCGCAACUUCAUUAAUGCCCCGCCGCCCGUCACGCCCACUACACCCGUGACUCCUGGACAGGCGAGCGGCGUGUGGAUUCAUUCGGCGCUCGUCAACCCCGACGGACCAGACAAUACGCCUGGGCAUAACGACAGAGUGAGACUCAUUAACCGUGCAGCCGAACCCAUCUCACUUGCCGGGUGGACCAUUCAGAACCAGGAUGGCCGGUCGAGGCAGCUGCCAGACGUACUGAUUAGUGGAGGGGGCGCCGUUAGAGACUUCGAUGUUGGGCCCGAGGCCUACCUUGCGAAUAAUCGUGAUGGUGUAAUCGUGCUGAAGGACGCAGGGGGUGCUGAGGUGCACCGUGUCUCGUACUCAUCGAACGUGCCCUCAGGACGAUGGAUCUUCUUUGGGCCGACUAGGAGUACAUUGUAGACAAGCGGAAGCAGGCUGGGUUUACGGCAAGAAAUUCAAACUCCGGCAGUACGCCACGGACAGCAUUCAGGUGAAGACGGUCGACAACGAUGUCACCUAUUACCGACCGGGCAGUGCAGAGAUCAAGUACGCGACGGUUGAUUGUGUACCCGACUGGGUGGCGGGGUGGAACAGAAUGACCUGGCUUCUGCAAUAAGGGUUGCUAACGUUGGUCUUGCGUGAACGUGAGGGUCAAAGGCUCUGGUUUAAAAUAUCUUUAAAAGUGAUUCCGGAAAUGGAUAUACUUGUAACAGCUGUUAUAGCAAGAAAGCUUAUAACCAGAUUGUAUAAUUAUUAAGUGUGUAUUUUAAAUUAAUUGUGGAAUUUUUAGUGUUUAUAUUAG